UUUCUCCUCUGGCCAGAUGUUCUUGGCACACGCGCCUUUUACGCACACGGCCGCCGCUGCAGGUGCACGCGCUCAUGCUGUCUUCUCCUCGCUGGUGUUCGCGCAGGACGGCGGGCUGAAGUUGGAAGUCUCGCUCCCGGAGGCGUGAGCUCCAAAUGCAUUCGCUCCUGGGCCGGGAGAAGAAAGAAGAAGAGGCCGGGUUCGGGUUCGGGUCGGGGUUCGGGUUCGGGGUUGCUCUGGGUCUGUCUCCGGCCUCUGUGCCCCACGCUGCCACCAUGUUCAGCUGUGUGGGCUGCUUCUGGGUGCUCCUGUCCUCCGCUCUGGUCGCCGUCUGCAGCUUCAGCUUCAUCUCUCCCGCCUGGAUUGUUAAGGACCAGCUGAGGAGCCACCAGCAGCAGAGCCAGCAGAGCCAGCAGAGCCAGCACGGCGCCGGUACCGGUACCGGGAAGGACUCCGUGAGCUUCGGCUUGCUGUGGCACUGCUCCGAGUCCCUGGACCACAUGUACCGCUGCUACACCUUCGGGGGACUGGGGAAAUUCGCAGAGAUCCCCUCCAGCUCCUGGCAGACCAGCGCGGUGCUGUGUUCGGGAGGCUGCGCUCUGCUGGCCGUCAGCUCCCUGCUGGCCAUCAUCACCAUCUUCCUGCCCAGCGGAGGAUGUGAGCGGAGGAUCUGCACCCUGGCCGGAUACAUGCAGAUGGCCGCAGUGUUCAUCAUGGCCGCCGGACUGCUGGUCUACCCUUUCGGCCUGAACUCGUCACUGGUCAGAUCCUUCUGUGGGGACUCGGACAUCUACUACGCUGGCGAGUGUCAGAUCGGCUGGGGCUACAUGCUGGCCAUCGUUGGAGUCAUGCUCACCGUCUUCUUGCCCUUUUUUGCCAAAUAUGCACCGAAGGAGCAGCUGUCCCCGACCCCUCUGCCCACACUCUUAUAGUUAAUCCUCCUCCUCCUCCUCCUCCUCCUCCUCCUCCUCCUCCUCUCCCUUCUCUCUCUUUUCCUGCCCACUCCCACUAACCAGGGCUUGACGCCAUGAAAAGACACCUGCAUCUUGUUUUUUAAAAAGUUGAUGCUACUUUGGAAGCUGAAGCAGACGCUACAACAACCGAACCCGUCUUCCUGCAUCCAUCAUGUGAUUCAUUCAUCUGAAUACGGUUGAUUUAAAAAAAGGGAAGAAAAAAAUAUCUUUGGCUAUCAUUUCACUUUGAAAUGUUCCAUGGCUUUUCCACAGGUCUGUUUUCUUUAUGUCCGUUUUGGAAAUGAUUUUGGAAAAUUACCAUAAACAAGGCCAAUACUCACUCAAAGUCUUUUUUGUGGAAGUCAUUUUAAGAUACAUUCCAAAACAGACUGGAAUCUGUCUGCAAAUACAGAGGAAGCACGACAGUGCGUCACUUUGUGACUCGUGCAAUCAGUAAUGUUGCAGUAAAA